GAGUCUUUCUCAAGUCAGCAGGAAAACUUUACAAAUUUCCACAAUCUCAAAAACCCGACCUUCACUUUUUUAAAACUGUUAAAAGGUGCCGAAUUUUAUUGUAGUUGUUUUAAGAAAAAUGGCUCAAACACAAGGAGUGCGUUAUAAGUCUGUUAACUGGGGCAAGGACCGACCUGCCGAAGGGAAAUAUCUUCCCCAGGAUCUGAAAUUGACCUUUGAGACAAAAAAGCAGAAAACUGACCGCUAUUUCACCUUGCGGAACAGGACGACCACGAAGGAUGACACUUGUUGGAUUCAGGUUUCCUUCAAAAAGGACGUGGUGUACGGAAAGUCCAAAAUUUUGGACGAUUUUAUCUCCUCGAGGAACGGAAACUUAUUCGAGCGUCCGGAAUACGAAAAUUUGAAUGAACUCCAUUUCCGCAGGAUGCUCGGAGUUUUCUACGGCUACGACAUGAACUACAUUGAGGACGAGAAGGACCUCGUGGAAUUAUACAUAAUUGCGAAACUCUUCAAGGCGGAGUCUGUGGAGUUAUUUUGUAGCGAAAAAUUGGCCCGUUUUCAAGGCAGGAAUGCUCCGGGGACGACAUCUUCGUCCGACGGUGACUGGGUCGUCUUGGAAAAGGCCGAGGUCAACGAGAAGGCUUCAACGGUGUCGAAAACUCCGGAUCCGCAAAAUUUAUACGGAUGUUCUAUGGAAGGAGUUGCAUUUUCAUGCAAAAAAGGUUCCCGACCUGAUGGGGUACAAGCUUCCCAAAACCCAGGAAAAUCUAGAUCUUCGACCUCCAAAACCACGAUGUCUUCCUCCAUCAAGGCUGAAAUCCUGUCCAACGUGAUCACCUCGCUGAAACCCGAACUCAUCCAAGAACUCGCCGCCGACAUGAAGGACCAAAUCAAAGAGAUCAUUUUGGAAGACUUGCGCUCUGAAAUUGAGGAUCGUCUCCGUUCCGAUGACGAUCUCAAGGAUCAACUCGUCUCCGAAGUCACUGAAGUUUUACGAGAAGAGACAAAACAGGAGCUGAUGAACGACCCCGAUUUGAAGGCUGAACUUUUGGCCGACAUUCGAAACGAGAUUGUUGAAUCUCACAACUUCGCGGAGAGGAUGAUUGGCGAAUUGAAGCAAGAAUUCGUCCCCAAGUUGAAGGAUGACAUCAAGAGCGAGAUUUAUGACGAAUUGAAGGAGAAACUGAAAACCAUGCUGCUGGAUGACUAUGACGAAGGCAUUCGGGAUGCAAUCGUGGAGGAAAUUCGGUCCGGAAUUUUGGACGAUGCUGAACUCAAGAAGGAAGUCUUUGAGGAAUUCGAUUCGAAAUGAAUUUUUGUAAUUUUUGGGAGUGAAAUGUUUCUUGUUUGUUGAAUUGGGAAAGAUGAGAUUUUCGUUUUUUGAUAAAUUCGUAAUUUAUAUUCUUGCUCAUAUUUUUGACUCACCUUUAUAAAAAAAGUGUUUUUGAUUUCUUGACCUGACCAAUUACUUAAUAAUUUAAGUGACAAAUUGUCUUUGUUGCUUUUAAAAAUUUAUUAGAAACAUUUGGUUGAUUGGAGUUUUUUAUGUGUAGAAUAAUUCAUACUACCUAUUUGGAUUGUUUUUAAUAAUCUGUAUUCAAAAUUUUUGUAAUUUUUUGAGGAUUUUUUUAUUAUUUUUUUUUGACUAGUUUAUUAUCCAUUUUUAUUUGCUUAAGUUUUGGACCUACCUUUAUUUUUAAAAGAAUGUUUUUUGUCUCCUCAAUGAGGAUCAUAUGAGGAGUCCUCAUAUGAUCAAUUAACAAUUCAAAUCACAAGGUGUCUUUAUUGGUGUUAAAUUGUAAUACAAAAAUUUGGUUGAUUUGAAUUUUUCCUACUAUUUGAACUAGUUUUAAUAAGCUCUAUACAUACGUAUGUACAUAUAUUCAGGUUGUCAAAUUAAUAAAACGUGCCAAAAUAAUAAU